AUGGCCUGCAUGAUCAUGAGGCUGGGAUCUAAAUCUGAAACCUUUCACCGUGAUGGCCAAACCUGGUUGUGUUCAACUGGUCUUCCAAGUGAUGUCAUUGUUGAAGUAGGAGAAAUGUCAUUCCAUCUCCACAAGUUUCCAUUGCUGUCAAGAAGCAGACUAAUUGAGAAUAUUAUUAAGGACUAUUCUGGUGAGGAUGAGAAAAAGUGUGUUAUGCAAUUUCAUGACAUACCUGGUGGAGCCAAAGCAUUUUUGCUUGUAGCCAAAUUCUGCUAUGGCAUCAGAUUAGAACUCACUGCACUAAAUAUAGUCAGUCUUAGGUGUGCUGCAGAGUUUCUUCAAAUGAGUGAAGAUCAUGGGGAAGGAAAUCUCAUAACACAAACAGAAAAUUUCCUGAAUGAAAUCUUUGGUAAGUGGACAGACACAAUCACUGCUCUCGAAACUUGCGAAGAAGUUCUACCAUAUGCAGAAGAGCUUCAUAUUAUUUCACGAUGCAUCAAUUCCUUGGCAAUGAAAGCUUGUGCUGAUCUGAGUUUUUUCAGUUGGCCUAUAUCAGGAAGUGGUAAUGCACAAAGUGCAGAAGGCACUCACGUCUUAUGGAAUGGACUAUGUGCAGCAGCCAAACCACGAGCAGUGAGUGAGGAUUGGUGGUAUGAGGAUGUGUCUUUCCUUAGAUUAUCUCUGUAUAAAAGGUUGAUUCUAGCCAUUGAAUCAAGUGGCAUAGAGCCAGAGAGGAUUGCUGGUUCUCUUGUUCACUAUGCAAAGAGGCAUCUUCCUUUGUUGGGGAGGCAGUUGAGCUUCCAGGGCGGGAACCAUGCUGGCCCUGGAUCUCCUGUGUCUAUCCUAUCCCAUGCAGAUCAAAGAAAUCUCCUUGAAGAAAUAGUGGCAUUAAUACCGAAUCAAAAGGGUGCCACCCCAACAAAUUUUUUGUUGAGGCUUCUACGAACAUCGAUGAUUUUGCAUGCUAUGCCAUCAUGUCGAGAGAAGUUAGAGAAACAGAUUGGGGCUCAGUUAGAUCAAGCUGCUUUGGCAGAUCUUCUGAUACCAAAUGUGGGAUACUCCUUGGAAACCCUUUAUGACAUUGACUGCUUUCAGCGGAUUCUUGAUCACUUUAUUCGGGUAGAUCAUGAGGCACUUGACUGUAGUUCUAAUUAUAUGGUUGGUGAGGGGCAGCUGAUGGGAGGUUCCCAUCCAUUGACCCCAAUGACAAUGGUAGCUAACCUGGUGGAUGGAUAUCUGGCUGAAGUGGCACCUGAUGUUAACCUGAAGUUGUCAAAAUUUCAGUCACUUGCUGCUGCUAUUCCUGACUAUGCCAGACCAUUAGAUGAUGGAAUUUACCGUGCAAUUGACAUAUACCUUAAGGCACAUCCCUGGCUGACAGACUCUGAGAAGGAACAAAUAUGCUGCCUCAUGAACUGCCAGAAACUCUCAUUGGAAGCCAGAACUCAUGCAACCCAGAAUGAGAGGCUACCACUUCGAGUCAUUGUCCAAGUUCUAUUCUUUGAACAACUCCGUCUCCGCACCUCCAUUGCUGGUUGUUUCUUUGUCUCUGACAACCUUGAAAACUCACAAAAUCCAAGUGAGAAUCUUGGAAUUUCCAGAAAUAAUGGGUCUGCACAUGUUGGAAUUACUGAAGACCGCUUUGUGGAAGUAGAUGAAAUAAUGAAGCGGGUUUCCGAGCUUGAGAAAGAGUGUUUGAGCAUGAAAGAAGAACUUGAAAAGAUGGUGAAAACAAAGGGUGGUUGGAACAUUUUCUUGAAAAAAUUUGGUUUUAGGUCAAAGUCUAAUCAGUCCUUUGAUCCAAAAACAGCAAAAUCUUCUGAUUCAAAAAAAUCAAAGCCUUGUGAUUCCAAAACAUCAGUAGCAGCUUCAUUCACAAAUGGAAGAGAAAAUCACAACAAUGGUGAGUCUGGAUUACAAGUUUUGAAAGAAAACUGAAAUGGGCAAGCCCUUUUGUUUAAUGUUUCAUCUCUUUCCUUCUGGAUACUAGCUAGUCAUGAUUUGUUAGUUCAUAGUUGCUGUAAUUUUGUUUAGACAUUUUUAGAUCAUGAUAGCUUCUUCUCAGUUAUUUUUAACCAUUAAAGCAGAUAUUUGAAACUCCAUGGAGC